UGCAUCCCCCCAAUCAUCUCUCUCUCUCUCUCUCUCUCGCUCUCUCUCUGCAGCUGCAACUGCAAGUGCCCUACAAAUCUUUCGAGUUUCGACACCCUAACGCUCUCUCUCUCUCUCUCUCUCUCUCUCUCUGCGCUCUUUCGAUCGCUAAUCACUCUCUCUCUUCCUCUCGAUCUUCUCACCCAAAUUUCGCGACUUAUCCUCAAUCCGAUGGCUCAACGCAAGCUUGAUCUCCCCGAUGAUCUCCUCUCAUCCAAGCCGUCCGAUCUCUCUUCAAUUGCCAACGUGAAAGCUUCAGGAGGGAAUGAGGAUGAGAAGGGCUUGAUAGGGAUACUUGAUGAUCAGAAAGGUACUUCAGAUCAAGCAGCAUUAGAAAGCAACAUUCCUUUGUCUCCCCAGUGGCUUUAUGUUAAACCUAGUGAGACGAAGAUGGAAGCACGUGCACCAAGUUCUCUUUCUCUGGGAAGUCCUGCUGAUCCCAAUCAGAAGGAGAGUUGGCGUGCAGAUGUUCCUGAUGACAAAAUAGAUCGGAGAAGAAUUGCAUCCGAGACUGAGACUGGUCGCCGCUGGCGAGAAGAAGAAAGGGAAACUGGCUUGCUUGGUAGAAAAGAUCGUAGGAAGACGGAUCGACGUGUUGACAACACCUCGGUUAGAGAAAACUCUGAUUCUAGAGUUUUAGCAAAUGACAAGUGGCAGGAUGUUAAUAAUCGAAGUUCUGGACAUGAUACACGACGUGAUAACAAGUGGUCGUCUAGGUGGGGUCCGGAAGACAAAGAGAAGGAAUCCCGAAUUGAAAAAAAGACAGACGCAGAGAAGGAAGAUGCUCACAGCGAUUGUCAACCACUUUCGGUUAGCAAUCCCCGUGCAGUUCCUGAGCGGGACACAGAUUCUCGCGAUAAGUGGAGGCCACGCCAUAGGAUGGAGGGAAGUUCUAGCGGGCCAGGUUCCUACCGUGCUGCACCUGGGUUUGGACUUGAGAGAGGAAAGCCAGAGGGUUCUAAUGUGGGGUUUACAUUAGGACGAGGAAGAUCUAGCGUUUCAGUUGUGAGACCUCCAUCUGCUGGUUCACUUGGUGCUGCUCUAUUUGACAGGACUGUUAAUGUUCCUGGGAAACCAAGCUCCUCAGCUGAUACUUUUUGCUACCCAAGGGGGAAGCUUCUUGACAUUUACCGCAAGCAAAAACUGGAUACAUCUUUUGCUAUGAUGCUUGACCAGAUGGAGGAAGUACCUGCUAUAACACAAGUUAAUGUCAUUGAGCCAUUGGCCUUUGUCACUCCUGACGCAGAAGAGGCUGCUAUCCUCGGUGAUCUAGGGAAGGGUAAAAUCACCAGUAGUGGGGUGUCAUACAGUCCAUUUAGAAAAGGAAGAUCAACUGAUAACAUUACAGAUGUCGGAGACUUGGAACUGACCAAUGGGAAACAUGGUAUGCUUCCCUCAGUUAUGUCUGAUGAGGUUGUUGAUGCCUUUGGACGAGCUGUGAAUAAUGAUACCCGCUGGGCUAGUGUUUCUAGCUCCUUAGACAACGAGGAUCCUAAAACGAAGUUGAAAGAUGAUACCGAUCGUGAGGGAGAAAGGAAAGUUUCUGCAGCUACUUCAGGGACAAAUGCUGAUGAAUUGAUGCAAGCAAUUUCAAGGAGUAUGGAUUUCUUCAGUGUGAAAGACAGUAAUGGUGCUCACUUUGAUGAUGCUUCUCAGCUCAAAGGGGCAGAUUCUGUGUUCACAAAACAUCCUUCUCUCAACGAUCUUCGUUCUGCUGCUGCUUUUGAUAUCAGUACCAAGCUUCUGGAUGAUUCCACUUCUCUAUUUUUUCCUCAGUCUUCCGAGGAGAAUUGGAGUGGCAAUAUGCAGCACUUUCAGGGCAGCCACAACGAAUAUCGAUCAGAAGGGGGUAUCCUGCCUGAGGAGAUGAGUUUGUAUUACCUAGAUCCCCAGGGAGAGAUCCAAGGACCAUUUCUUGGGGUUGACAUCAUUUCAUGGUUAGAGCAAGGGUUUUUUGGGACCGAUUUGCUGGUCCGUUUGGAAGAUGCCCCAGAGGGAACGCCUUUCCGAGAGUUGGGUGAGGUCAUCCCGCAUCUAAGAGUUACAGAUGGACAUGCCUUUAGCGUUGAUAUGAAUUCUAAUGUAGAAGAACAUGGAGCUAUAGAAGAGAAAAUGGGCCCUAGUUUAAUGGCUUCUGCCCCUGUUCCUGAAAUGACUCAAUUGUCUGCAUUAAAUGACCAUAGCUGGCAAUCGUCUAGGUUUGAUGGUAUACCAAAUCAGCAUGAACAUUCGCGGCAACUCGCACAUACAGAGGGUCAAGGCUUUCGUGAUUUUGUUGGUCAAGAUGAAGAUGUUUUAUUCCCGGGAAGAUCUGAAAUAGGUGGCAAUCCGCUCGGAGCAACUUCUUUGGGCAUCAACAAUCCUUCUGCUAAUCCCAUGAGCAAUCCGUCUCAUCCGGUUGAAUUUACAGAGCCCGGUGUCCCUAGUCCGAGUAACAAUAAGUUGCAUCCUUUUGGGCUUUCGUGGUCAGAGCUUGAAGGCAACUAUACAAGCCAUAACGAAACAUCAAACGGUAGUGCUCAGGAUCAGCUUUUCAACCCUAGCAUGGGAAGAAUUGGCUCUUUUGGUGCACUUGCUGAUUCAACUAAUGCUGUAGAGACAUGGUCUGAUGUUCAUGGGAGAAAUACAGUUCCUGGCCCCAACGUGUAUCAAGGAGCCAUGGAUGCUCACAGGGCCUCACAUAUGGAUCAAGAAUCUAUCCGCUUUCGUGCCACAGAGAAGCUUUUGUUGCAACAAUACCAACAACAGCUCCAGCAGCGCAAUCUGUUGACUCAUCCCCACCUGAAUGAAUCAGUGCUGGAACAAGUGCCAAGUCAGCAUUACAGCAAUCAAACAGGGCCACAUCUGGACCACCUUUUGGCACUACAGCAGCAGCAGCAGCAGCAGCAGCAAUGGCUUCGGCAGCAGCAUCACCAGUUGCAGCAAAAGCAGCAGUUACAUCAACAACAUCUAAUUCUGUUGCAGGAGCAACAACAGCAGUCUCAAGCUCGACAACUGCUUCGUGAGCAGUUGCUGCUGCAGAGUCAAAUGCAAGAUUCUGGCCGUGGAAUGUCUCACGUUGAUGCUGUUAGAACAACCAAUGCUCUUGAACAAGUUUUGUUGAAGCAGCAAAUUUUGCAUGAACUACAACAGCGUUCCCUUCAUCCUCCAAGGCAUGCUGAUCCAUCCCUUGACCAUCUUAUCCAAGCGAAAUUUGGUCAAACGCAGCAUCAAAGUGACCUGUUGGAGCUUGUAUCACGUUCAAAGCGAGGACAGAUGCACACUUUGGAAAGUCAGAUUCUUCAGCAAGAACAACUUUAUGGAAGACAGUUGCCAAUGGGGUUGAGGCAGCAGGUGGAAAUGGAAGAAGAGAGGCAUGGGGGCUCUAACUGGCCUGUUGAUGAAACCAAUCAGUUCCUUAGAAGUCCUGCUGCUGCACAUAGAGCUCACUCUGCUGGGUUUGGACCAUUAGAUUUUUUUCAGCAACAGAGACCAUCCUCUAAGGAGCAGCUAGUUCAAGUUGACCGCAAUUUUUCCCUACAAGACCGAUUACAGCGAGGCCUUUAUGACCCCGGUUUAUCGCCAUUGGAGCGACAAAUGUCUAUGUCAGGUGGCGCUCCAGGAAUGAGUCUGGAUGCGGUGAAUGCCUUGACUCACGGUCAAGGUUUAGAUAUCCAGGAACCAAGAGCCCGAAUGCACUCUGCUGGUCAAGUGGGUGGAUUCUCCUCUGGUAUCCACUCUCACCACCCUUCGAUUUCCAAUCAGUUUCAUGCUUCACCCUCUGAUUCGAUCGAGACCCACUGGUCUGAGACCAAUGGUCAGCUACCAAAUGAUUGGAUGAAAUCUCGAAUACGGCAAUUGCAUCUCAAUGCGGAGCUGCAGAAUAGGGAGUCAGAAGUUAAAAUGGCUUCCGAAGAUCCAAAUUUAUGGAUGUCAACUGGAACAAGCAAUGACAAUUCAAAGCGUUUGCUUAUGGAAUUGCUUCAUAAAAAAUCAGUCUCUCAAACUGCCGAUUCAUUAGAUACAAGUAAUGAAGCAUCUUAUGAGAGAAGGGCACCUUCAGGUCGCUAUUCUGAAACAAGCUCUUCUAAUCAUUCCUUCAGCUUCUUAUCUGGUCAACAAGCUGGUAUAAAUCACCAGUUUGCCUUAGGACCUUAUGGUUCUAAUUCAGGUGGAACACCGUCAGUUCAGUUGACGGAUGAGAAUGCUAGUGCUGUGGAAAGCAGUGGAAGACUCCCCCUUAGAUCCAAGUCUGAAGUAUUAAGUGAUAGAGAUCAAUUUCUUUCGGGUUUUGAUGAAACUUCUCAAGCAAUUUUCUCAAAUCCCAACAUGAUUAGUAAGAAGUCUAUGGAACGAGAGUUCUUAGAUGUGGACCGGAAAAAGCAAGGAUUCAAAACUGAGGUUCAUAUGAUGAAGGGACCAUCUUCGGAGAUUCAAGAAGAUAGGACUGACCAGGAAAGCUUUGCUGCUAUAAACUGUGGCGAAACACCCAUUAAUAUAAUUAGUAGGCAUAAUUCACUUGGCUUUGCUGGUGGGAACAUUGCCUCCUUCAAUGACAAAGUUGCGCUUUCUGAUUCUUUCGUGGAAGAUGUUUCGAAGGGCCGUCUACCAUCCCUUGCAUCAAAAGGGUCGGACAGUUUUUUGCUGAAGCGUCCACCUGUCUCACAAAAUUCAUCUCAAGAAGGAUUGGCUGAGCUGGCCUCUGAUACAGUCUUGCGAGGCAAACACCUUUCAUCUUCUGUUCCUUCGGAAGGGGCAAGACGGGAAUCCGGGGGACAUCUAGCGAACCAAAGUUCUGAUAUUCAGAUACCUGGCAAGAAAGAUUUACAUUUUCGACAAAUCUCAUCUGGCAGUGAUGAUACCGAUAUCUCAGAGCCAUCGUUCAUUGACAUGCUUAAGAGUAAUGCCAAGAAGCCACCACAGACAGAAUCUGCAGGAGCAGGAGCAUCCGAGUCGUCGGACGGUUCACAGGCAGCCCGCAGCGCGAAAAAGAAAGGGAAGAAGGGGAAGCAAAUUGAUCCUGCCCUUCUUGGGUUCAAGGUGACAAGCAAUCGCAUCAUGAUGGGUGAAAUACAACGGGCGGAUGAUUAACUACAAGUCUGUGUUGUAUGCCAUUCGUGUAUUUAAGAGCUGUACAGGAUGUAAUUUUCUGUGAAGCAUUUCGUGUUUUGGAUAUUCUUUGAUUUUUGAUUCCCCAUUUGCAUCCUCAGUUGCAGUGAUGUGUAGGGGUGAUGGCAAAGCCUGGUACAGUCUUAGGAAGUUCAGUGAUGUAGGAUGAUAGAGUGGUUAGGGAAACUACUGUUGUAUAGAUAGUUUCUCAUGGGAAAGCUAAUAGAAUCAUCAUCAUGUACAUACAAAGUUGUUCUCAGAUGGUUUUGAAUAAAUUAAGGGAAAUAAUUUUCACA